AGGAAAAAGAACUGGUAAUGUUAGAGUGAUGCACAAGGUUUGGAGUUCUUCUAUGUUUUUAUUUUGGUUUUUAUUGGGAUGCCUACUUCAUGUCUGCUUGCCUUAUGCAGAUGAGCUUUAUACUGUUGAGAAAACAACAGACUUAUCAGGGAGUAGACAGUUAGAAACUUCUAAAUCUUCUAUGGGACAGCCCAGAGGCUUACUUGCAAUACUUCGACCAACAGAAGUAAUAAUCCCAGCACCUAGACCAACUGUGAAGCCAUCAGAAUUCGAUACAAAUAAAGUAAUUCCACGUAGGCCUGGACUUGUUCAUGUAAUUUCAGUUUCAAGUAUAGCCUUUGUCAUUGCCCUGCUAUGUGGGCUCAUGCUCUCCUACGUGAUAUAUCGACUGGUAAAAGUUGAGGAAAAACAGCAGCUUGCAAUGUUGUAUGAAAAUAUCGAGAUUCCACUUGUAGAUGAGAAAGAGGCCUCUGAAGAUGAUGGUUAUGAUGAAUCUCAGUUGCAUCCAGAGAAUGAGGAGCUGGGAAAAUUCAUUAGCUCAGUUAUUAAAACAAAAAGAAUGGAAAACUUAAGAAGAAAAUGAAGGAAGAGCAAAAUGUAUUGAAGACCAUCAGAGAACUCCAGUUAUACCAAAAAAGUGGAGUCAUGAAAAAAUGGAGAAAGAUGAAAACUCAGGAAAGCUGUGAAAACAAAAGAAAGGUGUACCAUGUGCUAGACAAUGUAGAGACCAAACUGAAGAGAUAACAGACAACUGAGAACACAAACAGGACUUCUAGAGAACUUGUUCAAGAAUGUUCUACAUAAAGAAACAUGAGAAUCAUAUAGCAGAAAAUAAAUUCAUAUAAUACCAAAA